GAGAAGGGUCCCUUUCCCUCCUGGCUCACUGAGUGCAUCCGUCUCUGGAGGGCCAGGAUGAACCCCAGCAUUCUCCUCCACGCACUUCUGCUGCUCCUUCCUGCAGGAGUGGCCCACAUGCCUGUCCUCGCCUGGAAGGCCGUUAACGUGGGAGACUCUGUCAUGUUACCUGUGACCGUCCCCAAGGGGGUCAUCAUCAGCAACCUCAUCCUGAGGGCCUCCUCGAGAGGAGAAGGAGUCGCAAUCUGGAUGGCCAGCAAAGUCCUCAGCGUCAUGAGCACCCACUACUCCAACCGAGUGACCUUCCUGGACAAGGUGCCCGCCUUCCGAAUUGCCAACCUCAGCCUUGGCGAUGGGGGCACCUACGAAAUCUCCGCGAACUUCGCCACCUCUGAAAUGGUCCUCGGCACCUUCACGGUGGCCGUAUUCAAUAUCACCAAAACGGUGGUCUCCUUGGAUAACUCUUCCUGCAGCAUUGAUCUCCUCUGCAAGGCAGGAAUGGGGUCAAAGGACAUGAUCACUUACUCCUGGAAGGACACAGACACGGGCAUCAUCCUCACCUCGAAUGUCUUGCUCCACUGGAUUGUGCACACCAAUGAGGAAGUGGCCUACACCUGCACGGCCCAGAUCCCCACCACCCAGAGUGCCAUGACCAUCACUCUCAAGCAACCUUGCCCUCGGAGCUCUGCUGUUCCAGGAAGUUCGGCACUGGGCCUGGCAUCCCUCCUAGCUAGAGGGCUCCUGGUGCCCGCCGUGACUGCUGCUGUGCUGCUGCUGUGACCAGAGAAGACCACGGGUGGCUGCUUCCUGCUCCAGGCCCUCUUGGCUGCCCCCUCUGCCCUACAAGCCGCUUAAACGGGGCAGCCAGAAAGGCCCGACGGAAACCGAACGUGGAGCCAACUGUGAGCCCUUCAAGGUGGAUUGGAUCAGGCAGCGCUCCACAGGAAGACCAGAUAGGCUAGAAUAACAGAAUUUUGCAAGCCUGGUUGUGCUUUACCUCCCCCCGCCCCAUAUCUCCUAGCGACUCAGGGCCUCUUCCAAAUCCUGUGUGGUUUCCCAGGAUUUAAGGGAAAUUUCAGCCCCCUUUCCUUAGAUAAAGGGUCUUGCCUAUCCCUCAAGGCAUCUUGACCCCAGCCCAGGGGGGGGGGGGUCCUAGUGAUCUCCGCAGGAGCUGGCUGGCAGAGUGGUCCCUGCAGUGCCAGUUCUUCAAGGACAGAGCAACCCGUCCGGCAGAUGGCAGUCACGGGCUGUGUCUUAAAAAGUGGCUUUUCUCCCAAUCGGGCACUUCCUGCUGUUACCCAUUAAAAGACACAGCGAACCUUU